AGGACGGUUGUUCAUCUCUGUAUUUCUAACGAACUUUUCUUUAAUCCGAAAUAUCGAGACCUGCAUAUCUCAAGCAUCAUUGUGGAUAGUAAAACCCCUAGCUUACCAGCCCAAAGUAGAUACCAGGCAGGAGGCUGGUUGAAUGGUUUGCGGCAAGAUGGCGCCGUGGAUCCAGUGCGGGCCAACUGGAAGAGGGCUGCAUGAACACGGUCAUGCAAAGGUACUUUUUUAGGGCAAGAUAUAAAUUAACAAACUUUAGUGAAGGUGUCACGUAAGAUAAGUUUAUUCGGAUAUUAACAAGAGGGAGAACAAAAGCUCUUUCAUGCUUAUUUGGUGGCAAGGUAACGAGAGACUCGAUGAACCCUGCUCCGUAUUACAUCUAGCUCGCUGGGAAUUCCUAGUCAGUGGCUUUUUAAUCGCUUACUAGAGCAACAAGGCAAAAGGCGUGC